CCAUCAGAUUCCAAAAUGCGGGCCCUACACUUGGUUGUGUUAUUCUUACACGCCGUAAAUUGUCUAGAAAUAGAAAUCCCACAAAGGGUUUAUACCGAUAAACUAUUAAAAUGUUCUUUAGAUAUAAUUAAAAAAUAUUUUGCAGAAACAAAAGUUAUGACGUAUGUCGGAAGUAAAGUGCACGAUAAAGAACUUCUGCAAGCUAUUCACGACAUGAACUUGGUAUCCAUGGUCUCCAAGCGAGCGGAUAGCAAGGUUCCCGUCCCUCAUCAAGGGUAUCUGAUCUGUGCAAAGAACUUCACUCAUUUCGUUGGACAUUUCAGCAACAUCAUUAAAGAAGCCACGUGGAAUCCGAAUGCUCGAUUUUUAUUCAUUGUCAGAGAACUAACUUACGAAAAACUUAAAACCAUAUUUGAUAUUACUUUGAAGUUGCAUGUGAAUGAUGUUGUGGUCGUUAAUUCCACAGACGAUGCCGAUCUUUACACCUACAAUCCCUUCGAUAAUUAUAACUGCGGAAAACGCUAUGACGAUAUCAUCAGCUAUGGGAAGUGUUCAAAAGCAGACUCGAUUAACUUAUACCCAAAUAAAUUUGUCACAGGUUUGAGAAAUUGUACAUUUAGAGUGUGGACAACUCAGUGGCCUCCGUAUACUAUGGUCCCUGACGUCAAUUCCACCGACCCUUUUCUACUUAAACACGGCGUCGAACCAUACUUACUCAGCUUGAUGGGAGAAAUGUUAGGAUUUGACUUAGAUAUAAUUGGCCAUAAGGAUAUUACGGAUGACUUCCCCACCGUGUCUAAAGACAUGGAGGCUAUUGGUUCAUUGAAAAGGAUCCAAGACAAUGAAGUAGAUAUUGUUGUUGGAGGCAUGCUACUGGUACCGUCUCGAGCAGCAGCGUUCUUCUACGUUUAUGGACACCAAGUUUACACGGAUGAGAUACGGUUUGUGGUAAGACGAGCGACAGAGGAGCCAGCAUGGAAGAACGUAUAUCUGGAAUUCAGUACAACCGUGUGGGUACUGCUACUACUAACACUCGUACUGUAUUCAAUCAUUUUAAUAAUACUACUUCGCGCCGCGGAUAAAGGUUACAUCGUGUUGAUCCUGUUGGACAUUCUAGUGCUCCAUGGCCGCAACAUACGGAGUCGAUGGAUGGUGAAAAUGGUGCUUUUAUCAUGGGUUUUAUUCGCAUACCUCGUGAACGUAUUCUAUCAGUCAAAUCUCGUCAGUUUGACAACAAAUCCAGUUCUGCAGUACCAGAUUUCAAACGAAGAAGAUAUUUUCAAAUAUAAUCUAAAACCUUGUUUGAGUUUGAUAAUGGGUAGAUAUUAUAUAGAAUCUGUACAAUCGGAUAGAGAGUAUGACAUGGAUAGUGGUUGCUAUGGGUUAAUGGAAAGUGUUGAAACGGUAUCUAAGUCUGACAAUCUAUUCGCACUUCUUCUUUACGCUAUCUACCAGUACUAUGAAGACGAUUAUUUUGAUGAGUAUGGUGACCCUCGCGUUGUCACAGUAUCCAAGCCUUACUCUAAAGUGAUAUACACCUUUUAUUUGUAUAAAGGGUUCCCAUUGAUACACGAUCUAUGUCAGAAGUGCCUUCAAUUAAGGGAGAAUGGCUUGGUGGAUAAGGCGAUGCGUGAUUUAAACUUUCUUAAGAAAAUAAAGCAUACUUUCCGUCAGUCACAAUUCCAACCUCGGUUUGCUGUUCCAUGGAUAGUUUAUGUGUUUGGGUGUACUAUCUCUAUUGUCACAUUUGCUAUUGAGCUUUUGUCGAAAUAUUAAAUGAUGUAUUUCUCAAUUGAUGAAUUUAUAAAGGUAACUAUAGAUACUCUCUACGAACGCUUGGGUGGAUAUCUACACUGAUUUUGUCGUGUGUGUGAAUUCAUAAAACAAACU